AGAGGGAGAGAAGUUGGAGGAGAGAGUGAGAGACAGAUCCGGGGAGACAGCAAGCUGUAGAUUGAGUGGAAGUCGGUGGAGUCACAUAUUAAAUCUCAGGCUUCACUGCUCAUCUGAGGACUGUUACUUGACGUCCAGCUUUGCACCCCCCCUCAUCGCCUCUUCGGCCGGUUUAUGUUGCUGCACAUUUUUUGCCUUACAGCCACAGGUUGACCGAUUUAAUCCAGUCACCAUGGAUUAUUCCUCUUCAUCUCGAGUCGAUUGCCACUGACGGGAUCGACAUGGGAACCAUCGAGAGACCGCUGGUGAUUGAGAAAGAAACAAACUGAUCGUAUCAAGUGAGCGGAGACGGAGGCAACAUCUGUGGGAAGCGACGUGCAAUUUCGAGAGACAAGCGAGGACCUGUGGAGGGACCUAUAUGACAGGAGGCGAGGCGAAAAGAUGAUGGGAUCGCCGUGACAACAUGAAAAAGAAAAAGUGUGGUGGUCUAUUUUCAUCCAGCCAGUGAUUCAACACAACUAACCUGGGGGACAGGGACUGAGAGAGAAGAGGUAGGAGACAGGUGCGUGGCCACAGCCGUGACCAUGGAGCCUCCCCCCUCACUGAGCUUGGCUCUGCUAGGAGGGAGCGAGGAUGAGGACCAACGCUUUCUCCUUCCCCUGGGCAGUAUAUCCCUUCCCUCCACCGCUGGCAACCAGCCAGGAUCAAACCACUCCAACCACAUGGGAGGAUCAAGCCUGGACCGCCUAAAUGGCAGCACCCCGUCCCCUUCCCCUGCCACGCCCAACUUGCCCCAAGCAUCGCUCCCCAAGUUGCCCUUGUCAUCCUCUGGGGGCCAGCCUCUGCCCCCACCCAUCCCCAAUGCUCUGCACCCAACCAGUACCCCGCUCUCCUCCUGCCUGGGCUCACAGCACAGCCUGAGCGGGGACAACUCCCCAGUCUACAACGCCCUCUUUUACUCCUCCCACUCGCCCUCAAUGGAUCGGGAGAAGGACAGAGAGCGUGACAGGGACAGGGAGAGGGAGAGGGGUUGCAAACACAGACAGGCCAGCCCUCUGGUCCACCGUAGGGACAGCAACCCCUUCACGGAGAUCGCCAUGAGCUCCUGUAAGUACACAGGCGGGGUCAUGAAGCCCCUGAGCCGCCUCAGCGCUUCCCGCAGAAACCUCAUCGAAUCAGACAGCAGCAGCGAAACCAAAGAGGGCGGUGUUUCAGCUGUUGCCGGGGCAGCGGCCGCUGGGGGGCAUGACCGACAGCGAGAAGCCCAUCCUACCUCCUCAAUGGCCCAGUCCUCUACCAAUCAACCCCCAAUUCAGAGCCCUCCAGAGAUUGUGAUUUCAUCCAAAGAAGACUCGCCAUACCCCAGAAGAGGGUAUGAUAUCACCGACUCUACAUCCAACCAGAUGUCCAUCUACCACCAGAACCAUGCACUGGUGGAGAGCAGGCGGGCACAGACGGGGAGGGGCAGCAGGCAGGGGGGGGUUGGGGCAGUGGGCGCCGGGGCCAGGAGCAGCACUUCCAAGGCCCCCAAACGGAAGAACCAAAACAUUGGCUACAAACUGGGGCAUCGCAGGGCGCUCUUCGAGAAGAGAAAGAGGCUGAGUGACUAUGCUCUCAUCUUCGGGAUGUUUGGCAUCGUCGUAAUGGUGAUAGAGACGGAGCUGUCAUGGGGCGUUUACACCAAGAGCUCCAUGUACUCUCUGGCCCUGAAGUGUCUGAUCAGCCUGUCCACAGUCAUACUGCUGGGCCUCAUCAUAGCCUACCAUGCACGGGAAGUUCAGCUGUUUGUCAUCGACAACGGUGCGGACGACUGGCGCAUCGCCAUGACCAUGGAGAGGGUUCUGCUCAUCGCUCUGGAGCUGCUGGUGUCUGCAGUGCAUCCAGUGCCCGGGGACUUUAAGUUUCAAUGGCGGGCACGGCUGGCCUUCUCUUAUGCGCCGUCACAGGCCGAGGCUGACCUGGACAUGGUGCUGAGCGUGCCCAUGUUCCUGCGCCUCUACCUCAUCGCCAGAGUCAUGCUUCUGCACAGCAAGCUCUUCACCGACGCCUCCUCAAGGAGUAUAGGUGCCCUAAAUAAGGUGCAUUUUAACACACGGUUUGUAAUGAAAACUCUCAUGACCAUCUGCCCCGGGACGGUGCUGCUGGUCUUCAGCAUCUCCCUGUGGAUCAUUGCAGCCUGGACCGUACGAGUGUGUGAGAGGUAUCAUGAUGCCCAGGAUGUGACCAGUAACUUCCUGGGAGCCAUGUGGCUUAUCUCCAUCACUUUCUUGUCCAUCGGCUAUGGAGACAUGGUUCCCCACACCUACUGUGGCAAAGGAGUCUGUCUGCUCACAGGAAUCAUGGGUGCAGGCUGUACGGCUCUGGUGGUUGCCGUGGUAGCCAGGAAGCUGGAACUGACCAAGGCCGAGAAACACGUACACAACUUCAUGAUGGACACACAACUCACCAAGAGGAUAAAGAAUGCAGCAGCUAAUGUGCUACGGGAAACCUGGCUCAUCUACAAACACACCAAGCUGAUGAAGAAGAUCGACCACUCCAGAGUCCGCAAACACCAGCGGAAAUUCCUCCAGGCUAUACAUCAAUUACGUAGUGUGAAAAUGGAGCAAAGGAAACUCAGUGAUCAGGCCAACACACUAGUGGACCUCUCAAAGAUGCAAAGUGUCAUGUAUGAGCUCAUGUCGGAGCUCAACGAUCGCAGCGAGGACUUGGAGCGUCAGAUGCUGUCCCUGGAGCAGCGGGUGGAGCAGCUCACCGCUGGCUUCAACACCCUGCCUGCUCACCUCUCAGCCACCCUCAGCGCCCAGCAUGCCGCCCUGGUCCACUUGCUCCGAGAGAGGGACGCCAGGGAUGGUAGAGGAGGAGGUUCUGGUGGAGGAGGUGCUAGUGGAGGAGGUGCUGUGGUCCCACUCUCCCCAGGUGCCUCUUUAACCCCUGCUCCAGCUUCAGUUUCUCCAGUCCCAGUUACAUCUCCAGCACCGUCCCAGGUCCCCACUUUGGCCUUGGAAUCCCCUCUGUCGCCCCCACCGCUGAGCCCAGAGGGGAGUCUGGAUGCUAGUUCCAACCUCAACACCUGCACUUCUAGCUGCUGAAGACAGCUCUGAGGACUAGGAGAGGACAAAUAUGGAGAGAAAACAGGGAGGAGGGGGAAGGUGGGGUGGCUGUUCUAGUCCUCUCAUUUCAGACUAAAGGAGAGGAACAAGGAGGAAGGACGAAAAAGAAAUGUGAGGUGAUCCUCUGAAACUAGUGCUCCGUGAGGGAGGGACGAAGAUGGGACCGUGAGGAGAAAUAAUAGGAUUAAGAUGGAGGGCCAGUAUGAAUGAUGAGACAUGUUAGAAACUUUGGGGCCUUUUCCUUGACGAGGGAAGGAAAAGAAAAAUGGAGAUAAAAUGGAGACUCUAAAAGGUGCGAGGGGGAGGAAGGAUGUCAAGAGGGUGAGAAAUGGAGGUAAAGAGGAUGAGGAGAGGGAAGGAGAGAGGAGGAGAAAUAACCAGGAAUAAUUAUAUGAACUCAGAGCUCCUAAAUGGAAUCCACUGCAAUUACUGAAGAAAGCCUUUUAUUCCCCCUCUCCCAAUCUCUCUCUCCCCUCAUCAGGAAUUAAUGACCAUGACUUUUUAUCCUUAUGAUGUAUUUUCUAUCUGAAUGCUAAUUGUGUGUUAACGAGCAUCCCUUUAACAGAAGGUUCGAUCAAUACGACCAUGAUAUGAAAAAAAAAAAAUAGUGGCAUGCACCACACACACACAUACACACACAUACAAAGAACUUAUAUCAACACACAAUUAACGCAAUACAAGUUAACACAGCACAAACACACAAUCUUUUACAAUGCAGGCCCUAUUUACACUCACACAAAGAAAUUCAUGCAGUAGCCCACAAAAUAAUACUGAAGCCUAUACUGCCAAGCACUCAAUGCACUGUCAAUCUUCACAGAGCACUGCCAAGCAAUGUAGACGCACUGUAAAAAAUGUUCAUCCAAACGACUUAUCUUUUGUGGGUGUGAGCUAAUGCAGUAGUUUAGACUGACAAUGCAUAGUUGGGACAUUAUUAACUACUCCGCUGGGAGAAUCGCAACUGUUCACUGAACUCCGCAAACGACAGAUCAAGUUGAAAUAAGCCGGGUCGACACUGAGGGCUGCGAGCCAUCAUAACAUUUGUGAUGAGGAAGACAGUUGCGGAUGAUUAAAUAACCCAACACAACUACAACAGGACUUCAUUAUGACAUUUGUUGAAUCACAGAUUAAUUUGAACUGAUGUUUUAAGUGUAUUUGUUUGUUUGCUUACUGAAACGAGACUUUAAAAGAGUUUGCUUUUGUUUAAUUUCUGUGAAUAUUUCUUAGGAAAUCCCCAGAAAUUGACAAUUUAUAGUUGUAUCAAGUGAAUUCAUAUUUGGGUGAAUAGAUUAGCACACAGGCGUUUAAGAAACUGACAUUUCAAUUUGGUUGUCUGAUGAUAUCACAACUAUUUGUGAAGCACCGACUCUAUAAGAUCAGCCUUGCACAAAAUUAAUGCUCCACAUUCAGUGAGUGUUCCCAUUUUAUGUGAUUAAAUUUACUGGAGGUGUGCUGCAGAUAGUUAAAGCAACAGUCCAAAUGUUAUCCAUCAAUAAUAAAUGAUUUGCUUAUUCACUUACAGAGAUGUGGCAAAAGUCAGUGGUGUCAGAUUGACUGGGAUGCUGUGUAUCUAUUGCUUUGCAUUAAUUCUCUGAAAAAACAAAAAUACUUAGAAUUACAAAAAUAUAGAUUUUUACAUUAGUAAUUUAAUUGAAUUAAAAACUCCAGCAAUUAGCCUGUUUAGCUGUGUAAUUAUAAGUUGAUAUGAUUAAUAUUUUUUCCGCAGUGUACGGCUGUGUCUAUGACCCUGAAGGGAAGAAGACCAUACUUUCUGCCAUUCUUUUUCAAGCUUGCAGUCCCAAAACAACGCACUGUUAUCAUGAAUGUAUUCUGUGUAAAGAAAUACACUCAAACACGCUUGUUCGAUCACUUUUAAACUGCCAUUCAGACACCCACACGCACGUACACACAGAUAUACACACACCUCGACAACCAAAGUGCUCUCUCUUAAAUGGACUUCAAUAAGAGGCAGGGAACGCUGCUGUCACUGGGGACAAAAGAUAACAGGAGGCGUUGCAGAUAUCUUGACAAUAUUUCUGAGGGAAUAACUGUGAAAAUCUGGGCAUGGACUUGUUACAGUGGUGUACGUGGACUGCUCUUCACUGCUUUAAGACAGAUCAAGGUGGACUACGGAUGAACACAAGGGAACACAAAUAAACCUUACAAAGGAUAAAUGGCCAUGAGGGAGCAGCUGUUGAAAUAAAUAAAACAUAGAAAGAGAGGCUAAGGUAUAUCUGAGAGGAAUCAUGAUGGUGUGACGGGAGUAAAGACAAGCCUUUCCUUGCAUUGGAGACAAUAUCAAAAACUGUCUUAUAGCGACAUGCUGUGGCCGGAAUACUGAAUUACAUACGCUUGGAAUAUUGUAUAGUAUGCUGUUAACGAAAUCUAGCUUUGUAUUGCUUAGUCUUUUCUACCAUUAUAAUUAAACGCAGUUAUAGCUGAUAUCUAAUAUUACUAAACUAUAGUAUUCUUCUCAUUCGUCAUGACAAUUAUGAUAUAUGUAUUAACAAUACGUUAAAUAAUUAUGAACAAGGAAAGUGCCGUUUGAGGUUGAAAUUAUUUUGUAAUUUUAUUUUAUCAGAGAGAAUUAAUAAAGUAUAUAUCUAUAACA